ACUGCGCACACGGCGCAAUACAUCACUAAUUCCCCCAAAAUAGUACGCCAACGAGAGCAGUUUGAAAAUUCUUAGUCUCGAAUUUCCAGUCAAAACAGGUUUUUUGCUUUUCCUCCAUUUUUGUUGCUUGCUUCUAUACUAAGUUUCGUUCCCAUUUAUUUAUCGUACCUGAAUCCGCCGUUUUAAGUUUGAGCAGAACCAGCAAUCGAUCACAGUUUUUUUCAAUUUUGAUCUGUUGUGGUGGAAAGAAGAAUUUUGUGAAUAUUCAAACCGACAUCUAUAGCGGCUAUGGAGAGUUUGAUUGGAUUAGUGAACAGAAUACAGAGAGCCUGCACCUCCCUCGGUGACUACGGCGGUGACGACCAGGCUUUUUCUUCUCUGUGGGACGCUCUGCCCUCCGUCGCCGUCGUCGGUGGCCAGAGUUCAGGAAAGUCGUCGGUGUUGGAGAGCAUAGUCGGAAGAGAUUUUCUACCCCGUGGAUCUGGCAUCGUUACUAGGCGACCGUUGGUGUUGCAGUUGCAGCAAACUGAAAAAGGGAAGCAAGAAUAUGCCGAAUUUGGACAUUUGCCGCGGAGGCGGUUCACUGAUUUCUCGUUGGUUCGCAAGGAAAUUCAGGAUGAAACUGAUCGAAUAACGGGGCAAACAAAACAGAUAUCGCCUGUACCUAUCCACCUAAGCAUCUAUUCACCAAAUGUUGUGAACUUAACUCUGAUUGAUCUUCCUGGUUUGACAAAAGUUGCUAUUGAGGGGCAACCGGAAAGUAUAGCGCAAGACAUUGAAACUAUGGUUCGUUCGUAUGUUGAGAAGCCCAACUGCAUCAUACUGGCAAUAUCUCCAGCAAACCAAGAUAUUGCAACUUCAGAUGCUAUUAAACUUUCAAAGGAAGUGGAUCCAUCCGGUGAACGCACAUUUGGGGUUCUAACAAAAUUGGAUCUGAUGGACAAAGGAACCAAUGCGCUUGAAGUUCUGGAAGGAAGAUCUUAUCGCUUGCAGCAUCCUUGGGUGGGUGUUGUCAAUCGUUCACAAUUAGAUAUCAAUAAAAAUAUGGAGAUGGUUGCUGCUAGGGGAAAUGAGCGCGAGUACUUUGCCACAAGUCCCGACUAUGCGCACUUGGCAAGUAAAAUGGGCUCUGAGUAUCUUGCAAAGCUUCUCUCGAGGCACUUGGAAUCUGUAAUUAGAGCAAGAAUUCCAAGUAUCAUUUCAUUGAUUAACAAAAGCAUUGAUGAACUUGAAUCUGAGCUCGACCACCUUGGAAGGCCUGUUGCUGUUGAUGAUGGGGCUAAAUUGUACACCAUUUUGGAACUUUGCCGCGCUUUUGACAGGAUUUUCAAGGAACAUCUAGAUGGAGGCCGACCAGGUGGUGAUCGAAUUUAUGGAGUUUUCGACAAUCAGCUGCCUGCUGCUUUGAGAAAACUUCCAUUUGAUCGAUAUCUCUCGUUGCAGAACGUAAGAAAAAUUGUUUCAGAAGCUGACGGUUACCAACCGCACUUGAUUGCUCCCGAGCAAGGUUAUCGACGUCUUAUUGAGGGCUCGUUAAGUUACUUUAGAGGCCCUGCUGAAGCUUCUGUCGAUGCUGUUCACUUCGUCCUGAAAGAACUUGUAAGGAAGUCAAUUGGAGAGUGUCAGGAAUUGAAACGUUUUCCAUCUCUGCAAACGACAAUAGCAGGAGCAGCAAACGAGGCUUUGGAAAAGUUCCGUGAUGAAAGCAAGAAAACAGUGACUAGAUUGGUUGAUAUGGAGUCUUCAUAUGUGACUGUAGAAUUCUUCCGGAAAAUUCCCCAAGAAAUCGAGAAUAUUGCAGGAAAUCCAGGGCAAAACCCAAGGGGGAAGCCAAACGAAAGGGAAAACUCAGCACCUGACCCAACUAUUGAUCGUUAUUCAGAAGGCCACUUCAGAAGGAUAGGCUCAAACGUGUCUUCUUACAUAAACCUGAUUUCCGAAAAUCUUAAAAACACAAUUCCUAAAGCAGUGGUUCACUGUCAAGUUAAAGAAGCCAAACAGAAUCUACUUAAUUACUUUUACAUGCAGAUUGGCAAGAAAGAGGGAAAACAACUCGGUGAAUUAUUGGACGAAGAUCCCACAUUGAUGGAGAAGAGAAUGCAAUUUGCAAAAAGGCUUGAACUGUACAAGCAAGCAAGGGACGAGGUUGAUUCUGUCUCAUGGGCUCGAUGAUCUCUAUCCACGGUACAGUUAUAUUUCUUUUGUCAAUAGAUUUCACGAUAAAUAGCGAUUGCAUAAACAUUGAUUCUUGACUUAGGCGAUUCAUUCUUGCAUUAUUUCUUUUGGCUCGACACAAUGAUUUUUGUUUCCGUGAUAUUAUUGCAUUGUAAAUGGUGAACAUCUUCAGACUUUCAUAUUCGAGUACAUAACAGAUUUUUACA